GAGGUAAAAUUGCUUGCAGGUGUGCGUACGCACGGUUUUGAAAUUGGACCCCCGACUGGACGUGAAGGCGUCAUGACGUAGUUAGCCUGGCUAACCUGGUAGUUAGCUUGUGUUCGCUGUGUUUAGCCGGUGAGCUAGCUGCUGUUAGUUCAUGUUCGCUACCACUGAGCACAGAGGAGAUGAAUGAAGUAAAGCUAGAAGAACAAAACCUUACUGGUGGAGGAGCCGACCCGCCGCAGUCUAUAGUGAACGUGGGCUCGUCCAAGCGGCGCCACCACUGCUCGCUAUGCAACCGAGAUUUCGCAGGUCCGGCCCGCCUCUCCGACCACAUGGCAGCGCACUUGGGCGAGAAGCCACACGUGUGUGACAUUUGCGGCAAGCGCUUCAGCAAGAAGAUCAACGUGAAGAUCCACCAGAGAGUGCACACGGGUGAGAAGCCGUACUCAUGCCCUGACUGUGGUGUCAGCUACGCACAACUGGGCUGCCUCCGGCGCCACCGCCUGCGCCACGCCCCUCAGCAGCAGCACAUGUGCUCUGUGUGUGGGCGUGGCUUCCUACAGCGUCGUUACCUGCUACAGCACCAGCGUACGCACAUGGGUGAGCGGCCCUACGCCUGCCUGUUUUGCCCCAAGCGUUUUGCCUCCACCGCCGGCCUGACGGAGCACCACCGCUCGCACACGGGGGAGAAUGUCUACUCGUGUUCGGUGUGCCACAAGGUCUUCUCUACGCCAUCAGCCUUUCGUGACCAUGCAACGUUGCACACGGGCCGCAAGCCACACCCCUGCUCUCUGUGCAGCAAGAGCUUCAACAGACCCGGUCUUCUCAAGAAACACCUGCUCAAACACGCGGAGCAAGACACGCCGGCCGAUGGUGGUGUGGGCGCAGCCUCGAAUGGUGAGGAAGAGGAGGGUUCCCAAGAGCAGCCUUUAUCGCCAGGGGGAAGCGGGACGAAAAAGAAGAAAAGGAAGAAGAACCAUGUGUGUGACAUCUGUGGGCGGAGGUACGCCAGACCCUACAAGCUGAAGGAGCACCUGCAGGUACAUGGCCCCCAGAAGCUGCAUGGCUGCUCGCUGUGUGGGAAAUUCUUCGCCAACUCCACCAACCUGAAAGCUCAUGAGAAGAUCCAUGUAGCAGAUAGGCCGCACCCCUGUAGUGUCUGCUCCAAGCGCUUCCUGCGGCCUUAUGAGCUGCGCAAACACAUGAGGAUCCACAUCCGCGACGGCCUGGUGGAUGACCCUGCCAGCUCCACCCUGGAACAACCAGAGAAUAUGGUGGUGGAGGCGGCAGCGGCAGCGCCAACACUACUUCCUGAUAACACCAUUAAAGUGAAGGAGGAAGACAUGCAGCAUCAGCUCUAUGGUAACCACAGCAACAAGGAUGUUUCAGUGGAGGACGAUGAUGUCAGGGCGCCGAGCGAGGAAGAUGGUGUCAGUGGUCUGAUUAACUCGGAUGGUGAAGAAGAAAACUGGGGCCCCGCCGUCACCGCAGAUGGCAGCAGGGAGGUCCAGUCGGACGAGGACAAGGGCAAGCAUCGCUGUCCCGUCUGCGGUCGCGACUGCUUCAAGCCGUCGGCGCUGCAGAAGCACCUUCGUAUCCACUCGGGAGAGCGUCCCUUCCAGUGUACCACCUGCGGGAAGAGCUUCGUACAGCAUGUUCACCUGAGGGAGCACCAGCGGAUCCAUACUGGCGAGAAGCCGUUCGCGUGUUCUGAGUGCGACAAGCGCUUCACCUUCUCCAGCGCCCUACGCCGCCACCAGCGCCUGCACACCGACACACGCCCAUACACAUGCAAUGUGUGCGGCAAGACCUUCAGGCAGCCAGGCACGCUCAAGAGCCAUCAACUGACCCACUCGGGAAUUCGCUACCCGUGCCCCGUGUGCAAGAAGAGCUUCUGCCACCCGCGGGAACUCCGCUGUCACAUGGAAAUGCAUGCCUCCAACCGCCCCUUUUUCUGUCACACCUGCAUGAAGAAUCUUAGCAGUGCCCGUGCCUUCCGUAAGCACAUGAAGCACCACGAGGCGGCAAGCUUGCCUCCUAAGCCGGACGCCACCCAGAUGAGCCAAUCUGGUUUGGACAGUCCUAAGCUAAUGGACCCAGUAUUGGGGUCCAGUACUGACGGAACCGAAUGAUGAUGGCAAAGAAACGGCAACACUAUAUAUAAAUAAAGAAGAAAUUCAGUACUUGAUGAACAACUUUUGUUAACAUGGUUCUUCAUUCCGCUUGUGUGUACAACUUUGUCCUCUGGAGGGUGCUGCACGGCUUCCUCCUCUGGUGGGCGGGGCUUGUGUGUAU